GAUUGCAGUGGAGUAGUUGCGCUUUGCGGAUUAACCCGUCAUCAACGACGAUGCAUUGUUCAGCCGCCGUGGUCGUCAGGCCUUCGUCGCUCGCGGCGGCGGCGUCGCGGCAGAGGUGGGCGCUGGCUACGUCCCUCUGCGCGCUCCUCUGCCUCUCCCUGCUCGUCUCCGUCGUCCUCCUCCUCCUCGGCUCUACGCGUCCGCUCCUCCGGCCGCUCUUCGCGGUGCCGCGGCAGCAGGCGCCGGAGGUGGUGGAGGAGGCGCCGUGGGAGAGGUACGUCAAGCUGGCGCAAGCCGCGCCCGGCUCGCCGACGCCGGGCGGUGUCCGUGAUCGUGAUGCUGAAGCUGUUGUUGUUGCACCGCCGGCGACGCCUGAUCUUGACGAGGAGGAGGAGGAGGAGGGUGGGAGUGAUGCCAUCAGCGCUGCGCCCGCACCGGCGCCGUCGCCGUCGCCGGCCGAGGAAGAGGGAGAGGAGGAGAGCUGCGAGCUGUUCGAGGGGCGGUGGGUGCACGACCCGGCGAGGCAGCCGCUGUACGAGGCGGCGGAGUGCCCGUUCCUGAGCGCCCAGGUGACGUGCCGGCGGAACGGGCGGCCGGACUCCGGGUACGAGCAGUGGCGGUGGCAGCCACGCGGGCACUGCGGCGGCGCCGACGGGCAUUUCGGCUCCGGCGGGAGGGAGGCGGCGCUGGAGCAGUGCCGGAACCGGCGGGUGGUGUUCGUCGGCGACUCGCUGAACCGCAACAUGUGGGAGUCGCUCGCCUGCCUCCUCUACACCGCCGUGCCCGACCGCUCGCGCACCCGCGUCGACGACGUCGCCUCCGGCUACACGAUCUUCCGCGCCAUGGAUUACAACUGCACGGUGGAGUUCUUCUGGAGCCCGUUCCUGGUGACGCUCGAGACGAAGCACGACCGGACGAGGGCGCUCAAGCUGGACCAGCUCCCGGCCACGCUGCAGCAGCUGCGCGGCGCCGACGUCCUCGUCUUCAACACCGGCCACUGGUGGACGCACACCGGCAAGCUCAGGGCGUGGGACCACCUCGAGCGAGACGGGAAGCAGGUCGAGAUGGGAGGCGAGGAGGCGUUCAACAGGGCAUUGAGGACAUGGGCGAGAUGGGUUGAUCAAAGCGUGGACACGGCCAGGACCAGGGUCUUCUUCCGAAGCGUCUCCCCAGAACACAAGAGCGAGAACUGGUGCUACAACCAGACGUCCCCGGUCGCGGACGGAACGACGGUCGUCCCGUGGUUCCCGAAGAGCCUGGUGUCCAUCGUCGAGAGGAACAUCCGCAGCAUGAGGACGACCGUCGCCUACCUCAACAUCACGCGCCUCUCCGAGCUUCGGAUCGACGCGCACCCGUCGGUGUACACCAUCACCAGGGAAGGGAGGCCCCUGAGCGUGCAGCAGCGGCAGCAGCCACUGGUGUACGCUGACUGCAGCCACUGGUGCCUGCCGGGUCUACCCGAUACCUGGAAUCUCCUCUUGCUCGCCUCCUUGGCGAGGUCUCCAAUUAAUGUACACUAGAUUGGGGUAAACGAGACCAUACAGUUUUGCAGCUUUGCGUUGCCUGGGGCAGGGAGUGAAUGGCAUAGCACAAGACAAAC